AUGGAUUCGCCCGCCGGUGCAGGUGUCUGUUUGGUGGAAAUGAACUCGUCUUCAUCCACGACCACUCUGACCGUCAAAGAGGACAUUCCGCUUUUGAACAAGCCUCGGGAAACCAAUAACGUCUUCAACAGAUUUUGCCAAUGGAUUUGGCAAAAAUGUUUCCGCAAGAAGGAACUUACUUCACGCACUAUUGUCAUCGGGAAACAAAGCACCGAAAAGUAUUCCCCAAAUGUCAUACGCAAUCAGAAAUACACCAUAAUCACAUUCCUCCCAAAGGUGCUCUAUCAACAGUUCAAAUUCUUUUUGAAUCUUUAUUUUCUUCUGAUGGCUAUGAGUCAAUUUGUACCUGAACUAAGAUUAGGAUACCUCUACACAUAUUGGGGACCACUGAUAUUUGUAUUGGCUGUCACAUUAUUUCGUGAAGGUGUUGAUGAUAUUCGAAGGUGGCAACGAGAUGAAGAAGUAAAUUCACAAAAAUACAAACGUCUAAUACGUGGUAAAGAUCACAAUAUUGGUACCGAGUAUGUAUCAUCAUCAAAACUCAAAGUUGGAGACUUAGUGCUAGUAGAAAAAGAUCAAAGAGUCCCAGCUGAUAUGGUGUUAUUAAGAACUACUGAAAAAUCUGGUGCUUGUUUUGUACGAACUGAUCAAAUGGAUGGGGAAACUGAUUGGAAAUUACGUCUUGCUAUUGGAGACACCCAAAAAUUAGAUUGUGAUGCGCGUUUGUUUGAUAUUACAGCUACUAUUUUUGCUGAAAAACCUCAAAGAGAUAUUCACAGUUUCAUAGGGACAUUUAGAAGACAAGAUAAUGGGGAAGAAGUGAGUCUUGAUGUAGAAAAUACAUUAUGGGCUAACUGUGUUGUAGCUAAUGGUUCAGCACUUGGUGCUGUUGUUUACACCGGUGCUGAAACCAGGUCUGUUAUGAAUAAUUCUCAGCCUCGAAGUAAAGUUGGACUAUUAGAUAUAGAAAUUAAUCAGUUAACUAAGCUACUUUUUUGUGCUGUGGUUGGUUUGGCCUUUGUCAUGAUGUGCUUAAAAGGUUUCAGUGGUCCAUGGUAUCGUUACAUGUUCAGAUUUGUAUUACUAUUCUCAUACAUUAUACCAAUCAGUUUGAGGGUAAAUUUAGACAUGGGUAAAGCAUUCUAUUCAUGGUCUAUGCAAAGAGAUGAAGAAAUGCCAGAUACAGUAGUUAGAUGUACAACAAUUCCAGAAGAACUGGGACGGAUAUCAUACUUAUUUUCAGAUAAAACUGGGACACUUACUCAAAAUUCAAUGGUAUUUAAACGACUGCAUUUAGGGACUGUUUCUUAUGGUGCGGAGUCUUUUGACCAGGUUGCUGAACAACUUAAAAUGACCUUCUGUGGAGCAGUUGAGCCCACACAUAAUCGUAAUUUGUCUCAGGGUUCAACAUCAUUUAAGAUAAGACGCUCUGAGCAAACUCGUCUUCAUGAUGCUGUUAAAGCUAUAGCGUUGUGUCAUAAUGUGACUCCUGUUAUUGAAAAUAAUGUUCAGGGCAAUAUUACUGAUAGUCCAGUCGAACUCAGGUCUGAAGCUGAUCAACACUAUAUUAAAGAAAGUCUACUUUCUCGUUCACAGUGUACUUAUCAAGCUUCUAGUCCUGACGAGAUUGCAUUAGUAAAGUGGACUGAAGAUGUAGGUUUAGCUGUAAUAAAGAGAGAUUUGACAUCACUUCAAUUACGUACAUCUGCUGGAGAUAUACUAAAUUAUACAAUAUUACAAAUGUUUCCAUUCACAUCAGAAACCAAACGCAUGGGAAUAAUUGUUAAAGAUGUAGCCUCUGGAGAUAUUACAUUCUAUUUAAAAGGAGCAGAUGUAGUUAUGUCAUCUAUUGUUCAAUACACUGACUGGUUGGAAGAAGAAUGUGGAAAUAUGGCACGAGAAGGUUUACGUACAUUGGUAGUGGCUCGAAAAAAUUUAACUGAAGAACAGUACUUGGAAUUUGAAUCUCGUUUGAAUUCAGCAAGGUUAGCUGUAACAGGUCGUGCUCAACGAGUAGCAACUGUUGUAGACACUCUAGAACGUGAAAUGGAGUUAUUGUGUGUAACAGGGGUGGAAGAUAAACUUCAAGUAAAUGUUCGUAGAACUUUAGAAUUAUUGGGCAAUGCAGGAAUUAAAAUAUGGAUGUUAACUGGAGAUAAGCAAGAAACUGCCACUUGUAUUGCUAAAAGUUCUCGUCUUGUUUCAAGAACUCAGGAAUUAUUUAUUUUUAACCCAGUACAUACAAGAACUGAAGCACAUCAGCAAUUAAAUGCUUUUAGGAAAAAACAAGAUUGUGCUCUGGUUAUUACUGGAGAUUCAUUGGAAAUAUGUCUACAGUAUUAUCAAACAGAAUUACUGGAUGUUGCCUGCCGAAGUCCAGCUGUAAUUUGUUGUCGAUGUUCUCCUACCCAAAAAGCACAAAUUGUCACUUUAAUUAAGGCGCAUACUGGAAAAAGAACUGCUGCUGUUGGUGAUGGAGGAAAUGAUGUUUCGAUGAUUCAGGCGGCUGACACAGGCAUUGGUAUUGCUGGUGUUGAAGGUCGUCAAGCAUCUUUAGCUGCAGACUUUUCAGUACCUCAAUUUUCACACCUUUCUAGACUACUCAUGGUACAUGGUCGAUACAGUUAUAAAAGAUCUGCCUCACUUAGCCAAUUUGUCAUCCAUAGAGGUCUUAUCAUAUCUACUAUGCAAGCAAUAUUUUCAGCUGUAUUUUACUUCUCAUCAGUAACACUGUAUCAAGGGUUCCUUAUGAUUGGAUAUGCAACACUGUACACCAUGUUCCCUGUAUUUUCCUUGGUACUUGAUAAAGAUGUACUGUCUAAAAUUGCAUUAACUUAUCCUGAGCUCUAUAAAGAACUGAGCAAAGGACGGUCGUUAUCUUAUAAAACAUUUUUCAUUUGGGUUUUAAUAAGCAUUUAUCAAGGUGGUGUAAUAAUGUAUGGAGCAUUGUUUCUAUUUGAAGAUGAAUUCAUUCACAUUGUUGCCAUUAGUUUCACAGCUUUAAUUCUCACAGAACUAAUCAUGGUUGCAUUGACAGUGCGCACAUGGCACUAUUUAAUGCUGUUGGCUGAACUUUUUAGUUUAGCAGUUUAUAUUUUAUCAUUAAUCUUACUCAAAGAUUAUUUUGAUUCUCAUUUCAUACAAACCGAAUCAUUCCUAUGGAAAGUCACUGUGAUUACACUGGUCAGCUGUUUACCAUUAUACAUUCUAAAGUUCUUAAGGAAAAAGUUUUCACCACCCAGUUAUUCUAAACUAUCGUGA